CUUGAAACAAACUAAUGGGACAAAUACUACAAAAGCGAAAUCUAUACAUCUCUAUGGUCGUCCCAAGGUACGCCAGAGGGCGCUAGCGGGGUAGCUAGUUAGCGAUCGUAGUUCUGAGCCAUCUGAAAGGAUUAACGCUAUGCUUAUUUGAUCGUUGAGGAUAUGGCGCAUUUGAACAGAAGGACUAUUUCGUCUGCUGCAUUAUGACUGGAUUUCUAGCCAGCUAACUAGCUUUCGCUAAUUGCAUUGCAGAGCCUACUUCUAUUAAACGUUACGUCGUGUUGCUUAUUGAAACACACAUCCCGCAAGAAAUUGUGAAUUUAGAUUGCAUGCCAGAGUCUUAACUAGCUACGACAGCUAAGCAAGCCACUCCUGAUUGUCUCAUGUUUUGCUACAACCUUUGCUGUCUUAUCGAUUUGGCAACACUCGCUUGGCCACGUCUUAUCAAUUUGUGUAUUUUAGUUUUCUCGUGGUAAACGCCAGCCUCUACCUAGCUAACGUUACCCAACGACCUGGUUGCUAAAUGUCGGAGAAGAGUUCGAACUCGUCGGGCUCCGAUGAAGAUGUGGAUCCCGAAUCUGGGCAUCCUGUUGAACUCGGUGGCGUCCUAAGCAAGUGGACCAACUACAUUCACGGAUGGCAGGACCGGUGGGUAGUGUUGAAGAACAACACUCUGAGCUACUAUAAGUCAGAGGAUGAGCGGGAGUUCGGCUGCAGGGGCUCUCUGUGUCUCAGCAAGGCGAUCAUCACACCCCAUGAGUUUGAUGAGUGUCGUAUUGACAUCAGUGUGAACGACAGUGUGUGGUACCUACGGGCAGAGGACCCAAAGCACCGGCUCCGAUGGAUUGACUCCAUCGAAUUACACAAGGUGGAGUCGGGGUAUGGUUCAGAGUCCAGUCUGAGGCGUCAUGGUUCCAUGCUGUCUCUCACGUCCGCUGCCAGUGGCUUCUCCGCCACCUCCACCUCCUCCUUCAAGAAGGGCCACAGCCUGCGGGAGAAGCUGGCGGAGAUGGAGACAUUCAGAGACAUCCUGUGCAGACAAGUGGACACACUACAGAAGUACUUUGACGGCUGUGCAGACGGCGUCUCCAAGGACGAGUUCCAGAGAGACAGAGUAGUGGAGGAGGAUGAAGAUGACUUUCCCACGAGCACGCGUCCCAAUGGUGACUGCCUUCACAACAACAACGGCAGCAAAGAGAAGCUGUUUCUCCCUGCCAGUCCUAAGGGCAUGAAUGGGAUCGAUUUUAAGGGCGAGGCCAUCACGUUUAAGGCCACUACAGCUGGGAUCCUGUCUACCCUGUCCCACUGCAUUGAGCUCAUGGUGAAGAGGGAGGACAGCUGGCAGAAGAGGCUGGACAAGGAGCUGGAGAAGAGGAGGAGGGUGGAGGAUGCCUACAAGUCGGCCUUGAGUGAACUGAAGAAGAAAUCUCACUACGGAGGCCCCGACUACGAGGAGGGUCCUAACAGCCUCAUCAAUGAGGAUGAGUUCUUUGAUGCGGUGGAAGCUGCCCUGGACAGACAAGACAAGAUAGAGGAACAGUCAGAGAAGGUGAGGAUACCCAGACUGACCCCCGUCCCCCCUGGAGACGCAUACUCCGUCAUCGGAACACACCGCUUUGCCAAACAGCCCCAUAGCUACUCUUCCUCCCUGUCCUCCGUUGAAUUAGUCAGUGCCUCAGAUGAUGUUCACAGAUUCAGCGCACAGGUGGAGGACGUGGUUCAGAAUCACAUGACCUACUCCCUGCAGGACAUGGGUGGCGAUGCCAACUGGCAGCUGGUGGUGGAGGAGGGUGAGAUGAAGGUGUACAGGAGAGAGGUGGAGGAGAACGGCAUCGUUCUGGACCCUCUGAAAGCCACCCAUGCAGUGAAGGGUGUGACCGGACACGAGUUGUGCCACUACUUCUGGGACACGGACGUACGCAAUGACUGGGAGACCACCAUUGAAAACUUUAACGUGGUGGAGACACUCUCAGACAAUGCUGUUAUAGUCUACCAGACCCACAAGAGAGUAUGGCCUGCCUCUCAGAGGGACGUCCUCUACCUAUCAGCUAUCAGGAAAAUCCUGGCGACCAAUGAGAAUGACCCAGACACGUGGCUGGUCUGCAACUUCUCUGUAGAUCACGACAACGCCCAGCCCACCAGCCGGUGUAUCCGUGCCAAAAUCAACGUGGCCAUGAUCUGCCAGACCCUGGUGAGCCCUCCAGAGGGCAACAAAGAGAUCAGCAGGGACAACGUCCUCUGUAAGAUCACGUAUGUGGCCAACGUGAACCCUGGUGGCUGGGCCCCUGCCUCAGUCCUAAGAGCCGUGGCCAAGAGGGAAUACCCCAAGUUCCUCAAACGCUUCACCGGUUACGUCCAGGAGAAGACCAGCGGAAAACCUAUCCUCUUCUAAAUCUCACUGGUGUUGGAAGGCGAAACACCUUUUUGUCCUGAAGAGAUAUGGCUACAUUUCCCAUUCAUCUGUCAACCGGAAUUUCUUCACAAACCACCCAGAAUGUUCCAGAUGACAUAAUCGUAUCAGUAGUUGCCAGCCACCUGAGCCACAAAAACAUUGUUAAACUGUGUGUUUGGUUCUGUCGAUUCAGAAAUUCAUAUACAAUCUUUUUGUAAAUUGUUUUGUAAAUAAUUUCCAAUUAUAUUAUUCUGGACUAUACUUUUUCGUUUGCUUUAAUCACCGAUUAUCACAGCGUCUUUUCAUGCUGUUAAUUUCACAAAGGAAAGAAACAGCUAACCUUCUCAUCUCCCUCUAGUGACGACCUGUGGUCUGAUGGGGGGAGGGAGUCCAAAGCUUUGUACUCUUUUUGGCUAAAAUCUAUAUUUGUAGAUCAUUAUAGCUGUAAAGGAGGACUAUGGAUCUGAUGUAUUGUAUAGAGAUAAUUAGUUUACCGGUGUAUGUGAAUUAAGGGCUUGUUGGCAACCUGGAAUUGGAAGAACAAGUCUCUAUUGUCAUACGUUAUCUUUAAAUGGAUAAGAUCACUUCAAUCUGUUGAAUGUGACCCAUCAACACUAUCAAGUGUUGGUCUCUACUGUUGUUUGCCUCUCACUAUGUAUGUUUUGUCCAAGUAACAUACAGCUGAUAUACGUUGUACCACAGCAUUGGGUGUUCAGAUGGACCGCUUCAAAGGCUUUUGGGACAGGGGAGAUGGUUGUUGGGAUGGCCGUUUCUACAUGACAUUUCACAUCCCGACACACUGACCUGUCAUCUCAACAUGAUGCUUUAGACACCAGGACAAAUCCAGAGCCCUAGGAACCAUCUAUCUACUACAGUAUAAUCAGAUGUGUUUUUAGAUUGAGACACUAAACUGGAGCCGGGGUUCAGCAUUUCAUACCUCAAGAUUGUUAUCAAAAAGUCUGUAAAGCUGAGGGGUCGUAGAAUCCAUGGGGAAACAGCGUUGUCAUGAUGAUCAGGAGCACAUUUUAGUCUUGAAUGUUCUUUGUAUAUUUCUAAGUCCUCUGAAGUGUUAUUUGCACUAAAUAAUGCAAUUGGACAAUGUUCGGUAAAUUAAAAUAGUUACACUACAGAAAUUAGGUGAUUUGUACUUUACACUAGGAAAUGAGCAGGGGUUUGGUGUGGAUGUGUCCCUCAUCAUUACCUCUUGUGUUCUACAUGAAUAGAAAAUGUGAGAAACAAGUCAAGCAUUUUUAUUUAUUUUAGGAGUGUCUUUACAUUCAAUGAUUAAAAUAUUUAUCUUCAGCAAACCGUAUAUUUGAGCUUUAUGUAAUAAAUUAUGGUCUCAAAACCGA